AUGGGAUAUGUCGUCAUGCUUGACCUCAAAAACCCAUUUCCUGUUGUCAAAUAUAAUGCUGAUGGAGAGAACAAGUCUUGCUUGGGGGGUAAGAUAAGUUCUUCAUUUCUCAAUUUAAAGCAUUUGAGUUACCUGGACCUAAGCAUGAAUAAUUUUAAUGGAAUCAACCUUCCAAAGUUUUUGGGUUCCAUUAAAUCUUUGCAGUAUCUCAGUCUCUCUGGCUCAUUCUUUGCUGGAAUCAUUCCAAUUGGUGUGGGACAUCUGACCAAUUUGCGCAGAUUGAAUUUAUCUGAAAACAACAUUUCUGGUAAGAUACCAAGCUCAUUUUCCAACCUUUGCAACUUCCAAAUGUUUAAUCUGAAAGACAACAAAAUAGGUGGGGAGAUAAAUGAGUUUGUGAAUGGGUUAUCUCAGUGUUACAACAGCAACCUCAAAUCAAUGCUUUGGAGUGGUAAUAAAUUGCUUGGGGGGAACAUCCCUUACUCAUUGGGAGGACUCAAGAAAUUGAAAACUAUUAACCUUGGGUCAUGUUCUUUUUGGGUUUUGCUUCCACAUUCUAUUGGAGACAUGUCUUCCUUAAAAGUACUUAACCUCAGGAACAAUCAAAUGAGAGGAACCAUUCCAGAAAGCAUUGGCAAACUAUCAAAGCUUGUUUCACUGGAUCUCAGUUGGAAUUUAUGGGAAGAUAACAUGCAAGUGGGUCCAAACUUUCCUUCAUGGCUUCAAACUCAAAAUGAACUCAAGUUUCUUAGCCUCCACAACGUUGGCAUUUCUGACGCCAUUCCACCUGGCUUUUGGAAUUCCUGCUCAAAUAUCCAUCAUUUGAGUUUGUCCAAUAACAGCCUGCACGGGCAGAAAUUGAAAGUUCUUAUUUUGAGAAACAACUACUUGUCUAGGAAACUCCCUCCUCAAUGGGAGGAUUUGAAGUUGUUAUCUGUGUUGGACGUAGCAAACAACAAUAUAUCUGGCACCUUUCCAAGUUCAAUGCAAUAUUUGAGUUCACUAUGUAUGUUGUCAUUGAGCCAAAAUCAUUUUGAAGGGGAGCUUCCUUCUUUCUUUAGAAAAUAUGGAGGGAUGGUAAACCUUGAUCUUGGAGAUAACAACUUUUGUGGAAAUGUUCCAGCAUGGAUAGGAGAAAGCUUAGCGUCUUUACAGAGGUUAAGCUUAAGAUCCAACUUCUUCGACGGGAACAUACCUAAACAACUAUGUUUUCUUUCACGCCUUCAGAUCCUAGACCUUGCAAAUAAUGAUUUGUCAGGAGAAAUCCCUCAAUGCAUAGGGAACUGGAGUAAAGCACGAAGCAGCUAUCAUACAAAUUAUUUCGAGCAAAUUAUGGUGGUUUCUAAAGGAAGAGAAUACGUAUAUAAUUUUUUUACUAUUGCUCUUGUCCAUUCCAUAGACCUCUCAAAUAAUAAUAUAUCAGGAGAAAUACCUGAUAAUAUAACAAGGCUCGUAAGAUUGGUCAGCAUGAAUCUAUCAAUGAACCAUUUAACUGGAAAAAUUCCUCAAAAAAUUGGAAAUUUGGGAGUGUUAGAAUCACUUGAUCUUUCAAGGAACAAACUUUUUGGUCCUAUCCCUCAAAGCUUAUCUUCUUUUAAAUUCUUGAGUUAUUUGAACUUGUCAUUCAACAACUUGUUUGGAAAAAUUCCAUCUGGGAAUCAACUACAGACACUUGGCUCUUCCAGCUAUGAAGGUAACAGCUUACUUUGUGGACCUCCUCUUCCAACAAAGUGCCCAGGAGAUGAAAUCGAUCCAAAAGUAACAUCAAAUGGUGGCAAUGAUGACAAGGGAAUUGAUGCAGAAUUUUUCUAUAUUAGCAUGGCAAUGGGUUUUAUCUUUGGAUUUUGGGGAGUUUGCGGCACAUUAAUUGUUAAAGUAUCAUGGAGUGGCAAGCUUACUUUCGAAGCUUUGAUAAUUUGA